CGGGCGGCUCAAGGCUGCUCGUAGUAAGAGAACCGUUGACAGCUUCGUCUCAUCAAUCCAGACAUAAAUUGAAUCUCUCGGCCAUUUUGCCUCAUAUAGCUCUUGCUAAUCAUUUGAAUAUACAUCAUAUUCACCAUGGUAGAAACCGGUCUUCCUGCAGGAUGGGAGGUUCGCCAUUCCAACUCCAAGAACCUUCCUUACUACUUCAACCCCUCGACCAAGGAGUCCCGCGCCCCCGCCGGGCGGCCUGACGGCACUGGCCAGGGCGAGGGCAAGAUCCGUUGCAGUCACCUCUUGAUCAAGCAUAGAGACAGUAGGCGACCAAGUAGCUGGAGGGAGGCGGAGAUCACCCGAUCGAAAGAGGAAGCGAUCGAGAUCCUUCGAGGCCAUGAACAGCGCAUCCGCUCGGGUGAAGUUAGCUUGGGUGAUAUCGCAGUCUCGGAGUCGGAUUGUAGCAGUGCCAGGAAGAAGGGCGACCUUGGGUUCUUCGGCCGUGGCGAGAUGCAAAAGGAAUUCGAGGAUGCAGCCUUUGCGCUACAGCCAGGCCAGGUCAGCGGCAUUGUUGAGACUGCCUCUGGUGUCCACCUUAUUGAACGGUAAUGUCCAGUGAUGUUUGUUUGGAUUUAUAGUGUUUCUAGAGUUACAAAAAACAUAAUGCAUUUCAAUUCAGGCUCAAUCUACCUC